GAACGUGGGCAACGUGACUGCUGUGCCUCUCCAAGCUCAGCUGGCUCAUUCAUCAUGCAUUCUAGAGGCCUCUCCUGCGCACUGCUUCUUUUCCUCCUCUGCCCUUGCCUCAUCUUUGGUGCUGCUCUCCACGCAAUACACUGUGCCCCAUGCACUGAAGAGAAGCUUGGUUUGUGCCCGUUGGUGCCUCCUACCUGUCCUGAAACAGCUCUCCAGCCAGGAUGUGGCUGCUGCCACAUUUGUGCCCUUCAGCUAGGAGAGCCCUGUGGAGUGUACACAGCCCGCUGUGGUCAGGGGCUCAGAUGCCAGGUGCACCCAGAGGAAACCAGGCCUCUUUAUGCCCUCACCCAUGGGCAAGGCACCUGCCUACCUACCACAGACAUCUCCGAGACUGCAGAAUCUGUUGAACCAGAAGACAUACCUACUGAGAGCAGUGAAAUGACAGCACAUCAAUCUCUGAGCUACCAACAGUUGUUUCCAAUUAGCCAAGAGAAAUCUGCCACUUGGAAUGCAAUCAGUGCCUAUGAAAACAUGAAAAGGAGGAGACUUAAUGAAAUUAGGAAAGGAAAAGAACAAGGACCAUGUCAAAAGGAACUCUACAGAGCACUGGAGAAAUUGGCAAAAGCUCAACAGAGAACCAGAGGCGAGAUAUAUAGAUUCUAUUUGCCCAACUGUCACAGGAAUGGAUUUUACCAUAGCAAGCAGUGUGAAAAUUCACUUGAUGGAAAUCUUGCAAGAUGCUGGUGUGUAUAUCCAAAAAAUGGAAAGAGGAUUCCUGGAUCGACUGAAAUGACAGGCGACCCUCAAUGUGAACAGUAUCUCAGCUCACAAGAAUAACACAAAACAUGCAGGAUGCCUUGUACAAGUAAAUACUAAAUCUUUUCCAAGUCAAGUGCCCGAUUCUAAAGCCAUUUCUGCAUGCUUUAAAGAAAGGGCCCAUUUAUAUGGGCCAAAUGAGGCAGAAUGGGGGUGAAUGAACUUUGUGGAAUCCACAUGACGCACGAAGUCAAUUCACCUUAGCACCUCGUAAGGCCAUGUAAUGUGGCCUUUCCUGUAUCAUCCAAAGUUGGGGGAUGCCAUAAAGCUUCCCUGAACUCCAGCACUCACUUGUACUUUGGACAUGAGUAAAAAGUUGAACUAGCUCUGAUUCAGAACAACUACUGUGAACACAACCAUCCCACCUACUUUCUCUGGGCUCAGGUAGCCCAGGGACAGGAGAUGGCUUUAUCACUGCCAUUGCGUUCAUGGUUUAGCAGUGACCUCUGGGCACAAAAUUGCUGGUGAACAUUGUUUGUUGCAUGAACUAAUGCUGGGCAGAGCACUAGAGCAAUUGGAGAAGGGUCACCAUCAUCAGUACAUGAAACAAGCAAUGACUACAGUAGAACCCCAGUAGUAUGAGUUAAACGGGCGGACCUCAGCUCGGUGAACCCCGAUCACUCGGAUUACCAGGCUUCCUCUCCGUUGGGACACAGGCUGGAUCGGGAGGAACUGCAAGCUCCUCCAGAUCCAGCCUGUGUCCCAACCGCGGGGAGGCCUCUCCGUUGGGACGCAGGCUGGAUCGGGAGGGAACUGCAAGCUCCUCCAGAUCCAGCCUGUGUCCCAACCGCAGGGAGGCCUCUCUGCUGGGAUGCAGGCUGGAUCAGGAGGGAACUGCAAGCUCCUCCAGAUCCAGCCUGUGUCCCAACUGCGGGGAGGCCUCUCCGUUGGGAGGCUCCUCCAGAUCCAGGCCUCUCUGUUGGAGCGCAGCCUGGAUCGGGAGGGAACUGCAAGCUCCUCCGGAGCCAGCUUGUGUCCCAACAGAGAGGCCACCCACCCGCCUGUGCCUCGGCUCCUUCGUCAUGCCGGGGGCCGGCAGCACCGGUGCCCGGCGUGGCGAAGGAGCCAGCCGUGCGUGUUGCUAGGUAGAUAGCAAGCUACCUAGCAACACGCAGGGGGCACCUCCCAAGGGGCGAGCAUCCCGUGCGUGUUGCUAGGUAGCUUGCUAUCUACCUAGCAACACACAUGCCAGCGAGCAGGUGAACAGGGAGGGCCUUUGCGGCCCUCCCCGUUCACCUGCUCGGAUUGCACGGAAGCUCGGACGAGCGGGGCUCGGACGAGCGGGGCUUGGACGAGCGGGGUUUUACUGUACAUGCAACUGGUGGUUGCUGCUAAACUCAAGACACAAUGGCAACAGUAAAGCCAUCUCCUGCCCCUGGGCUGCCUGAGCUCAGGGAAAGUAAGUCGGAUGGCUGUGUAAACAAACAGCAGUGGUUCUGAAUCAUGUAGAUGGGCCCAAAGUCUUACUGAUCCCAAUGGGACUUACUCCAUCCAACCACAGAUAGAAUUAGGUGGAUGAUAAAAUUAUACUGUUUCUCAUUCUUCAAGGUUAACAACUGAUUCCAUGCCUUGACAUCUUACAAUAUAUAACUAAAACUAAAUGGGGUGCCUUUAUAGUCUAUCCAGUAUUGUCUGGUCCAUAAGAGUGGAGAAUUAUUUAUUCUGUUUGUUUUUAAAUUUUUAUUUGUUUCUGUAUUAACUUAUAUAUGUGUGUUCUUCAACAAAUCAUUUUGUGUAAAGACUUUAAUACUCUUUCUCUUUAAACAGAUGCACUUUUCCGUUUUCAAAGAACAGUGUAUGUCAUUUAAACAUGAAUGUUUCAAGUAUUUAUAUCUUUUUCAAGCUUUGUGUAAUAAACAUGACACAGAACGUA